GGGCUGAUCCUGGAGAAGGAUGCCUUACCUGGCCAAGUCCCCCAAUCGCCGCCUGCCUCGAUUUCCUCUUCCGUAAAGUGGGCAGAUGCUGAGGAAUCUGUUCUUGGGCCAUAGAAACCUGCUAUCCUGCAAUCGGAGUACAGUCUUGCUUUUGAAGAAGUUUCUAUUCACAAUGAAAGUGGAAUCGCCAGAAUUUCAAUCCCUCUUUACAGAAGGAUUGAAGAACCUGACAGAGUUAUUCAGUAAAGAAAAGUUUGAAUUAAGAAUAGCAGGAGGAGCUGUUCGAGAUUUAUUAAAUGGAACAAAACCACAAGAUGUGGACUUUGCUACCACUGCUACUCCAGCUCAAAUGAAAGAGAUGUUCCUGGCUGCUGGAAUUCGUCUUAUCAAUAACAAAGGAGAAAAACAUGGAACUAUUACCGCCAGACUUCAUGAGGAAAAUUUUGAGAUCACGACACUAAGGAUUGAUGUCAUUACAGAUGGAAGGCAUGCAGAAGUGGAAUUCACAACUGACUGGCAGAAAGACGCCGAGCGCAGAGAUCUCACCAUCAACUCAAUGUUUCUAGGUUUUGAUGGUACCCUUUAUGACUACUUUAAUGGCUAUGAAGAUUUGAAAAAUAAGAAAGUUAGAUUUGUUGGAAACCCUAACGAGAGAAUUCAAGAGGAUUAUCUUCGAAUUUUGAGAUAUUUCAGGUUUUAUGGAAGAAUAGCAGAUAGACCUGGUACCCAUGACUCGAAGACUUUGGAAGCAAUUAAAAAAAAUGCAAAAGGCUUGGCUGGAAUUUCUGGAGAAAGGAUUUGGGUAGAACUGAAAAAAAUUCUUGUGGGUAACCACGCAAAUCAUUUGGUUCAUCUUAUGUAUGAUCUUGAUGUGGCUCAUUAUAUUGGUUUACCUGCUGUUGCAAGUUUAGAGGAAUUUAACAAAAUCAGCAAAAAUGUUGAAACUCUUUCUCCAAAGCCAAUGACUCUUUUGGCCUCAUUAUUUAAAGUACAAGAUGAUGUUAAAAACCUUGAUUUGAGGUUGAAGAUUGCAAAAGAAGAAAAAAAUCUUGGCUUGUUUAUAGUAAAAUAUAGGAAAGAUUUAAUUAAAGCUGCUGAUAGUUCAGAACCAUUGAAACCAUAUCAAGAUUUUGUUUUAGAUUCUAGGGAAUCUGAUAUACUUUCUCGAAUUUGUGAACUACUCAAAUACCAAGGAGAGGUGGACCUUCUUAAAGAAAUGCAACAGUGGUCUAUCCCUCCGUUUCCUGUCAGCGGCCAUGAUGUGAGAAAAGUAGGUAUUUCUUCAGGAAAAGAAAUUGGUUUGAUAUUACAGCAAUUACGGGAACAGUGGAAGAAGAGUGGCUACCAGAUGGACAAGGAGGAACUUCUAAGUUACAUAAAGAAGACCUGA